AUGAAGGUGUUCAAUUCGACGCAAUUUUACAACUACUCGUGGGAUUAUGUAAGCGCUGCCAACUGGUGCAAGUACCCAAACGAGCUGAGUACUCAUGUCGUGGGCGUUGAUGUUCUUCGUCGGGAAUUUGAUCCGGACAAGGGCACUUUGACCACAGAACGCCUUAUCACAUGCAAACAACCUAUUCCACGCUGGCUGAUGUUUCUUGUUGGCGGACAAGACAAGUCGUAUGUGAGGGAGGUGUCGGUGAUUGACCGGAACCAGCGGACCCUGACCAUGCGGUCUUGCAACCUAACCAUGUGCAAGCUUUUGAGAGUCUACGAGACGGUGGUUUACAGGCCAGACCCUGUGUCUCCGGUCACGCGUACGCGGUUUGACCAGGUGGCCGAGAUCACUGCCUUUGCCUCUUUGCGCCAGCUUUGUGACAAGUUGGAGGACUGGUCGGUUGAGCGGUUUGGCCAGAACGCGCGCAAAGGAAAGCUUGGAUUUGAUUCAGUCUUGAAAAAUUUGGAGGAACAGUGGCACGGACUUGCCGAUAAAACGCAGAUUUUACUUGAUGAGGUUAACGAAAAAACAAACGAUGUCAUGUCAGGAGUCAACGAGAAAACCGGGGCUUUGGCGAAAGUAUUCGGAUACAGAAAUUAG